ACGCGGCCAACAUGAUCCUCCUCGGGACCGUGCUCGCGCUCUUCUUCUCAGGGGUGUGUCCAUCCGCCUCCAUCUUCCCCUUCCCUCCGGCCCCCGCCGACUGCGUGGAGGCCCACCGCGACUGCUCCACCGACUCCCAGUGCGAGGCGCUGUACCGCGGCCUGGAGCUGUGCGCGGCCGAGGCGGCGGCCGCCCCGCUGGGCGAGCAGGCGGCGUCCGAGUGCCUGGAGAGGAGGGACGCCCUGCUCAGCAAGCACCCCGCCCUGCUGGCCUGCAAGUGUCACCGCGGCUUCCGCCGGGAGGAGCAGUGUCUGCGCAUCUACUGGAGGGUCCGCCUGCUGCCAGAGGACGACGAGAUGGAAAUCUCUCCGUAUGACGACACACUGGACACUCGCAUGGCCUCUUUAGUGGCAGCCUCGUCCUUCAUGCAGCUGGACGGAGAGAACCAGUGCCUGAAGGCGGCGCAGGACUGCGGCCUGUACGAGAAGUGCGGCUCGCUGCGGUCGGAGUACGUCCUGGCCUGCACCAAGCGGGUGGCCGGGACCGCCCGGUGCAACCAGCACAAGUGCCACCGCGCCCUGCGCCGCUUCCUGGAGCGGGUGCCGGAGGAGUACAGCCUGGGCGUGCUGUUCUGCCCCUGCAGCAACACGCUGUGCGGCGAGCGGCGCAGGAAGACCAUCGUGCCGUCCUGCUCCUACCGCGACCCGGACGGCCUGCCGCCCAACUGCCUCCACCAGCAGAGCUUCUGCCGCCGCGACGACCUCUGCAGGUCCAGACUGGCUGAUUUCCUCAACAACUGCCAGCCCUCCCACGUGACGGCCAGCGGCUGUCUGAAGGACUCGGCCGGCCUCUGCCUGCGGGCCUACGCCGGACUCAUAGGAACCAUCAUGACCCCCAACUACGUCAGCAACAGCUCCGCAGACGUGUCGCUGUGGUGCAGCUGCGAGGGCAGCGGGAACCAGUGGCAGGACUGCCAGCGGCUGCAGCGCCUCUUCACCCACAACGCCUGCCUGCGUAACUCCAUCAGCUGGAUGGGAAGCCCCGCCUCCCUGCCUGCAGACAUCACCCAGCCCCCGGCUCCCCGGCCGUCCCCGCUGGUCCAGGAGGACCACCUGCUGAGCAGCAACCACCUGCCCGAGCACAACAACAUCGUGGUGGAGAGCGAGGAGGAGGAGGAGGACCACGGGGCUCAGACGGAGGUGGGGCUGGAGGACAGCGAGAGCGACCAGUUCGACGUCAUCUCGCUGUACUCCGAGAGGGCCACCGUCUCCAACCUGGGCUCCACUGGAACCGGGGGGGCCUGCGCCCUCAACGCCCGCCCCGCCCGACCCCUGCUGCUGCUGCUGCUGCUGCUGGCCGCCGCCUGGGGCUAG